CAACCACUCCUAUUCCUCCUCCCCACGCCGCCGUUUCGUCUCGUCGCCGCCGCACAAAUCGCUCCAAUCGCAAACGCCGCCGCCGCCUUCAUCUACUCCGUCGCCUCCACCAUCUGCCAUCCGAGCGUAGUAGAUCUGAACACGGUCGAAAUCCGCGCAUCAAGCACGCGCCUUUCCGGUGGCCCUACGGCCCGCACCGGGUCAUCAUGGGGCGCCGAGGCGGACGAGGAGCAGGCGGAGGGAGGGGAAGGCACGGGCGAAGGGACGACGAGCGGCCGGGAGGAUCCCGCGACGACAGGGACAUGCGCGAUCGCCGCCCUGUCGACAGGGGCGCGCGCGACAACCGCCGCCCUGACGACAGAGGCAUGCGCGACCGCCCCCGGCCCGACCCACGCCGCAGCCCCUCUCCGGGGUACCGCCUUCGGAGCCCCUCCCCGGACCGCCGCCCUCGCAGCCCCUCGCCGAACCGCCGUCCCCGCCGCAGCCGCUCCCUGGACCACGGGGCCAGGCGCCUGAGGGAUGACGACGGCGGACGAGAUCCGCCCCGCCGCGGACAAGGGGACUACGUCAGGGUUCCCUAUCACCAGGAGCGCGAGCGCUACGACCACCCUGGUCGCGCCGACCGCAGCCCCAGAGGAAGCUACAACCAAUCUGGUCGUGGUAACGGCAGCCCGAGAAGAAGCUAUGAUGGUCGUGGCGACCGCGGCCCCAAUAGGAGCUAUGAUGGUCGCGGCGAUCGCAGGACGGCCGACGAGUACGAUGCCCCACCAGCCUACAUGCUCCCAGAACAUCCAUCCGACCUGGGGCGUGCCGCGAAGGAUGACUUCUUUGGAGGCCCUGGCGGCCGGAGCAUUAACGAGGUGAGUGAGCUCUAUGGAGACAAUGGUUCGACAGGAUUGGGAAGGACUGGCUCGCCGUACCGGGACCGCAGGUCGCCUCCUCUGCCACCACCUCCGCCGUUCCGGGACUGCAGGUCGCCUCCUCUGCCACCACUUCCGGCAAUGUUACCUUCCCCUAGGCCACUGUACCCAUCGGUGCCACCUACAGCGACUGGAUUCCUGACAGGAGGGUCAACAAGGAACGUUGGUGAGAGCUUUGGCGCUGGAACUGCCCGGUUGCCGCAUGAUGACAGUGGGUUUCAGUAUGGCGACCGUCUGCCUAGCCCGUAUGUUGGGGGUAGAGAAAUUGAGAGGCUUGGCCCUGGUAGAGAUUCGCUUGUUGACAGGAAUGGAGAAAUGGACAGGAUUUACCCUAGUAGGGGUGAGCUUGAUUCUGACAUUGCACCAGCUAUGCAAUUGAAUGGAUAUGCUGGCUCGUCUUCAUCCGUACUCACCAAGGACCGUCCAUACCGGGUGCACGAUGAAAGUUAUGAGCCAAGCAAUGGCUACGAACCAGGAUCUGCAGGACAUGGGAGUGGUCAUGCUCACUUGUUCUCAGAGAGUUCACUAGAGCGUGGCAGUGGACAUGAUAAGAUACCACUGGAUAUAUCCAGGCAGACACACUCUAAGCAUAAACCAAGAGCUGCAUCCAUGGAUUAUGCUGAAGAGGGAUAUGGCAGAAGGGGUCCGGCAAAUGACACAUAUCUUGCAGCAGGGAACUUAUAUGGAAAUGACUCACGAGAUUCAAGGGCUAGCAUCAGACACACAUUGAUCACAUCGACUUUGACAGAUCUAGAGGAUGGAAGGAGUAACCGGCAAGUUAGGCUAUCUCGCAGGAUGGGAGAGGAUGAGCAUGCCAUGGAAUACAAAAGGCAUCAUUCUUACCAUGGAGAUACACCUAUGCGUUAUAGCACGUCAAGAGAUGCUCAUAUACGCUACUCACGCUCUCCAACUGACCCUCGUGAAAUCGCGAGGCGCCCAAUUCCCGAACGUGAGUUUGCUUCAUUUGAGGAUGGCUUUGAGUUUAGUGAUCAGGAAGUGUCUCCCAUGGCUUAUAGAAGAGGAUUACGUGGAGCUGCAUAUGGUGGUCAUGAUAUGGAUAUAUGCCAAACUGGUGGCCCUCCAGGACAAGAGAGUUACAGCGGUGUAAUUGGGCGAGGGCGUUACAGCGAUGAAAUUGGACGAGGGCGUUACGAUGAUGCAAUUAAUGCAUAUGACCUAUCUCCUAAGAGAAUGUCAAGAAGUUAUGAUGAUGAUGAAGAUGGAUACAAUGCAAGAUAUGAUGUGUCAACUAGUCGUGAUGUUUUCUCAAGGAUUGCUUUGCCAAAUAACAUUCAAGGAAAUCCUAACAUGUUGGCUCAUGGGCGUUUAAAAUACAAGCCUAUCUCUCAGAGGCUGUCCAGACCUAUGGUCCAGCCACAACUUGGGGGAUCUGCCAUGCUUGGAAGAGGAAGAGGAGGAUGGACAAAAGGUGCAAAAAAGAGAUUGAGAGCUGGUCUUCCUCAAUUCAAUGGUGGAUAUACAUCAGAAAGAAAUGAAGUUGUUAGGCCAAACAAAUCUUUAAAGUUGUCAGAAGAUAAUCAGAAAGGCACCGAAUCAAACCAUGAGGAUGCUUCAGACGAAGAGGAUCUUUCUGUGCAGAAAGAUCCACCAGAAGGCUCUGAAGAAUUCAGUAAGCAAGUUCACGAAGCGUUCCUCAAGUUCUCAAAGAUAUUAAAUGAGAGUCCAGCCAUGCAGAAGAGGUACCGGGAGGCAGCAAAAGGGUCUUUAUCUUGCUGCGUAUGUGGCAGUGUUGCAAGGAAGUUUCCAGACAUUGAUGCCUUAAUGUCACAUGCUUACGACACAUGCAAACUGGGUUUAAAGACGAAACAUUUAGGUUUGCACAAGGCACUAUGCGUUCUGAUGGGGUGGGAUGUGCAUGUUGCUCCAGAUGGUACUAAAGCCUAUAAAUACGUUCCAGCUGAGGAAGUAAAUGCCAUGAAGAGAGAUCUGAUGCUAUGGCCUCCGGUUGUUGUAGUACAUAACAGCUCCAUCACAAACAAGACAAAGGCUGCUGAAGCAAAGGUUGUGUCAAUAGAAGAAAUUGAAGGUGUCCUUGCAGAUAUUGGGGUUGCUUGUGGCAAGGCAAAGGUAACCCAUGGAAAACCAGCCAACCAGAGUGUGUUCGUGGUGAAGUUCCUGCCAACGAUAUCUGGAUUUCAGGAAGCGAUGAGAAUCGACGAGCAUUUCGCCGCUGAGAACCAUGGCAAGGAAGAUCUCCAGCAGAUCCGAGGCGAGAAAGGUAAGAGUGCUGCCCCUGCUGACAAACUCGAAGAGCUGCUGUACGCGCACGUUGCGGUUGCUGAAGACCUUGGGUACCUGGACGACGAGACAAAGAAGAGGUGCGUCGUCAGGAGCAAGAGCGAGAUCGAGGCCAAGGCAAACGCCACGCUCAACUUAGACUCGUGAAGAUGCAUAAAUGAAGUAGAUUAGAUUAUUAGCUCAUCUGAAGUUCCAACAGUAAAGCAGCUUAGUAUCUUCCUUUUGCUUAAUCUUUAUGGUUGCUUGUUCAUAUGCGGCCUGAAGAAUCUAUCCUACAGUUAUGUAUCGAACCCCUUUAUAUCACGGUCUAGACUCUUAAAAUGUUUUUAUGUUCUGAUUCUCUU